AUGGAAAUACAUCUCAACAUCAGGCAAGUUUUGUCUUUUCUUUUGUAUCUCUGUGCAUGUGUAGCUAUGUGUGAGUCCUUUCGCUAUUCAGUACCAGAAGAAAAGAAAAGUGGGUCUCUGGUGGCUAAUGUGCUGAAAGAUCUGAAAGUGGAUGCAAAAGAGCUUUCUGCUCGGAGAGCCCAGCUGGUUUCUAAAUCUUCCAAGCAGUAUUUCCAGCUGGAUCCUCAUUCUGGGGAUGUGAUAUUAAAGGAUAAAAUAGAUCGAGAGGCUCUGUGUGGUCAGAAUGACCCUUGUGUUAUACUCUCUGAAAUCGUGCUGGAAAAUCCAUUGCAGCUGCAUAGAAUCGAAGUUCAGAUAGAGGAUGUGAAUGAUAAUUCCCCGAAAUUCUCUAAAAGUCAAUUCCUUCUUGAAAUAUCUGAGCACAUUCCAACAAAUACCCGAUUCCCUUUGGAGAAAGCUCAGGAUUCUGAUAAAGGGGAAAAUGCUGUUCAGAACUACACACUUAGUCCCAAUGAACAUUUUAAGCUGGAUGUUCAAAGUCAUAGUGAUAGUAGCAAAUAUGUAGAAUUGGUAUUGGAGAAACCAUUAGACCGUGAGGUGAAUCCACAGAUUUCCCUUAUUCUAUCCGCUGUUGAUGGAGGGACCCCAAAGAGAACUGGCACAGCACAAAUAAUCAUUGAUGUUCUGGAUGCCAAUGACAAUGUGCCACAGUUUGGCCAAUCUGUGUACAAAGUGAAACUAAUGGAAAACAGCCCAUUGGAUACACUGAUUAUUAAAGUUGAAGCCACUGACAGGGAUUUUGGUUCCUAUGCCCACAUCACAUACUCUUUCAGUGAAGUGCCAGAAAAUGAACUCAGAUCAUUCAAGUUAAACAAAUACACUGGGGAAAUUAUUCUUGCAGGAAUAACUGAUUAUGAAGAAACCAGUGAUUAUGAGAUGUACAUCAAAGCCACAGAUGGAGGGGGGCUUUCUGCUUACUGCAAAGUCAUUGUAGAGGUUGAAGAUGAGAAUGACAAUGCCCCAGAGGUGAUCAUCACAUCCAUCACCAGUCCCUUACCUGAGGACUCUCCCCCAGACACAGUGGUGGCCCUCUUCAGUGUCAUAGACGGGGACUCUGGACACAACGGCAGAACUGCCUGCACUGCUGAGACAAACCUGCCCUUUGUGUUAAAACCCACUGAGAACAAUUAUUACCAGCUUGUGACGCAACAGCCUCUGGACAGAGAACAAGCCUCCGAGUAUAAUAUCACCAUCACAGCCACUGACCGGGGCUCUCCCAGGCUCACUUCAACAAGAAUAGUUCAUGUUCACAUCUCAGAUGUCAAUGACAACCCUCCAGUUUUUGAAACAACAUUCUAUGAAAUGCAAUUAAGAGAAAACAAUAUUCCAGGUCUCCUGAUUGGUUCGAUCCAUGCUGUUGAUCUGGACACAGAGCAGAAUGCCAAAGUGACAUACUCUCUUUUGCCUGGAAAGGUCAGUGAUGGCCCCACAUCCUCUUACGUCUCCAUCAACUCUGAGACGGGGAACCUGUAUGCCAUUCGGUCUCUGGAUUAUGAGGAAGUAAAAGAUUUCCAUGUGACUGUGAGAGCUCAGGAUUCAGGUUCCCCUCCACUGAGCUCAGAGGUGAUUGUCCGAGUUCAUAUCGUGGACAAAAAUGACAAUGCCCCCUUCAUCCUCUACCCUCUUCAGAACAGCACUUCCCCAUCAAAUGACCUGGUUCCCAGGGGGGCCGAGGCAGGCUACCUGGUCACCAAGGUGGUGGCUGUGGACAGGGAUUCCGGCCAGAACUCUUGGUUUUCCUAUCAGCUGCUGAAGGCCACAGAACCGGAUCUGUUCGCUGUGGGGGCCCAGAAUGGAGAAGUGAAAACCAUGAGGCCAGUUAGCAGUCGAGACGCCUUCAAGCAGAAUCUUAUCGUUGUAGUCAGAGAUAAUGGACAUCCUCCCCAGUCCUCCUCGGUAACUCUGAGAAUUCUCCUAGUGGACGGCUUCUCUGACCCUUACAUGAAAAGUGUGGAUCUCCCUAAGGAUGAAGCAAUAGAGGAGGGAGACCCCAGCCUGACUGUGUAUUUGAUCAUAUGCUUGGCUGCCAUCUCAACUAUUUUUCUCAUUUCUGUAGUGAUGUUUAUUAUAAUGAAGAUUCAGAAAAGCAAAAAGUUCAUAGGAAACUAUAACUCUGCACCUAAUUGUGCUGUGGGAUCUAAUUCUCAAGAGAACUGUGUGGAUUCUGGUACAGGAUCACUAUCCCGGGGUUACAACUAUGAGGUGUGCUUAACUGGCAGGUCCCUAAACAGCGAGUUCAGGUUUCUCAGGCCCCUAUUUCCUGUUUUCUCUCUGGAGCCUCCUGACACUCAGGUGAAUCCAAGGAGUUCAAAUGAUUCUGAAGGAGUCCCCAGUCAUGCAGGGGAAUGCCAACAUAUGAUCCAGGUGAGAGUAUAA